AUGGCUAAAGACUGUGAUUUAAAACGGCCUUGUCAUCUUUGCCAAGUCAAGCACCUUUCCAUACUCCAUGACAUCAACCAAAGGAACUGUGAGGUCACCAAUGAAAGCAGUAGCCUCUAUAACUCAGAGACUCUGUACUUAGAUCAACCUCGCUGUGGUGGAAAAGUGUUCCUGAAAGUUGUUAAAGUCACUCUCCAUCAUCAGAGCAAGACGUUGGACACUUUUGCUGUUCUUGAUGAUGGCUCAGAGCGCACCAUCCUGCUCGACACAGCUGUCCAACAACUCGGUCUAAAAGGCAGACCAGAACAGCUAAACUUAAGGACAGUACACCAAGACAUCAGGACAUUGAAUGGCACUUCUGUAAACUUCAGUUUAUCUACUCCAAACAACCCACAAAAGAGAUUCAAAAUUCAAGAGGCCUUCACAGCACAUCAGUUUGAACUAGCAGAAUACUCCUACCCAGUGACCACUCUCCAAAGCAAAUACAGACACCUCAAAGGAAUACCUAUUCCAACUCUGGUCAAAGCUCACCCCCUACUGCUUAUCGGAUCAGAUCACACUGACCUUAUCACCCCAAUUGAACCUGUACGACUAGGUCCACCUGGGGGUCCAGCAGCCAUCAAAACUCGCCUUGGUUGGUCUUUGCAAGGCCCAUCCAAACAUCUGCAGGAUCAACUCCCAGUGUCCCAGUGUCUGUUUACAUCUGUAAGUUCUUCAUUUGCAGAUCUGUACUGCCAAGUCGAAAGAUUAUGGCAAAUGGACAUCCUCCCCUACCACAACGAAAAAACAGUAGUAAGGUCACAACAAGACCAACAGGCACUGGACAUGCUAGAGACUCAGACGAUACGGAUGACAGUGGAUGGAGUUGACAGAUAUGCUACCCCUCUUUUGAGAGUUAAGAACAUGCCCCUGUUACAUGCUCCAAAGGAGGCUGUGAUGUGCCACCUUCGCAGUACAGAACGUCGAUUAGCAAGGGACCCACAACUCGCUAACAAGUACCAAGAGGAAAUCAAUAAACUGGAGAAAGCUGGUUACGCAACUAAACUACCACCUCAAGAAGCAGCUUUGUCUACAGAAUCAUGGUUUCUACCCCACCAUAUUGUAACCCACAAUGGCAAGCACAGAGUUGUGUUCAAUUGCUCGUUCGCGUACAAUGGUGAAAAUUUAAACAAGCUGCUCCUACCUGGACCCACAUUAAGUCCCUCACUCCUUGGAGUAUUAGUCCGCUUCAGAGAACACAGAGUAGCCAUAAGUGGAGACAUAAAGGGGAUGUUUCAUCAGGUCCGUCUCCUGACUGAAGAUAAACCCCUUUUGAGGUUCUUGUGGCGGGACUUAAAAACCGACAACCCACCUGAUGUGUACGAGUGGCAGGUCCUCCCAUUUGGCACAACUUGUAGCCCCUGUUGUGCCACAUAUGCGCUACAACGACAUGUCUUUAAUCACUGCCAGCAGGGGGAUAAGCUACAGCAGUCAGUUGAGCAAUGCUUUUAUAUCGACAACUGUCUACAGAGCACACAAUCUGCUCUGGAAGCCCGUGAGCUAAUUGAUGGACUAAGGUCCUUACUGAUCACAGGUGGGUUUGAGAUCCGUCAGUGGGCAAGUAAUGAGGCCUCAGUGGUAAAUCAUCUCCCCAAAGAGGCCAGAUCGGAGAAUACUGAGUUGUGGAUUUCCCACAGUCAGUCAGACCCCCAAGAGAUGACUCUAGGCUUAAGCUGGCAUUGUGUACCUGACACCCUUCAUUACCGUCACCGUCCUCUGUCCUAUCAAGAGGUAACCAUGAGAAAUAUAUACCGGGUCCUCGCUAGCCAGUAUGACCCCCUAGGAUACAUCAUACCUUUUACCACCAGGGCGAAAAUAUUGGUACGACAGUUGUGGGAGAAGGAACGAGAAUGGGAUGACCCCCUACUUCCCUCUGAAUUGCUGCAAGCCUGGCAAAAAUGGGAAGUCGAACUGGAACACCUGCCCCUGAUUACCAUACCUCGGUGUUAUGUGUCAGCCAAGCUGGAUGUGCAAGAGGUAAAUCGUGAACUUCACAUCUUCUGUGAUGCCUCUGAGGCAGCCUAUGGGUCGGUAGCAUACCUCCGUACCGAACACCAAGGGAAGGUUGAGCUGGCAUUUAUCCUUGCCAGAUCCAGAGUGUCUCCUAAACGGCAGCAGUCAAUGCCCAGACUCGAACUUUGUGCUGCUCUCACCGGCGCACAGUUAGCCAAGUUACUGCACAGUGAACUGUCAUUAAAGAUCUUAAAUACGGUCCUAUGGAGUGACUCCACAACCAUCCUGACCUGGCUGAAAUCUGAAUCCUGCAGAUUCAAAGUAUUUGUAGGAACGAGAGUGACCGAGAUACAAGAACUGACUCAAGGUCACUGUUGGCGCUAUGUAAAUUCAGCUAGCAAUGCCGCAGAUGACAUUACUCAGGGCAAAACAUUGCUUGAAUUAUCCCAACGCAGCAGAUGGAGACAAGGACCAGAUUUCCUCUACCUACCACCUGAGUCAUGGCCAGAAAACCCUCCCACUAAACCAAUAGAGGACCCCACUGAGUACCGUAAACCAAAGUUUUGUGGUCUCACAUUGGCUGAUACUGGACCAUUACUGCCAGAUGCUACCCAGUUCUCAACCUUUGAGGAACUUGUAGAAGCUACUUUCCAAUCCUUAGAUGGGGCGGCAGGAAAUCCAGAUGAUACAGAAGCAUCUAAAUACCAGCAGGCUGAAAUAAGUUUAUUAAGGCAAGCCCAAAUAGACAGUUUCCACACCGAAUACCAAGCACUCAGAGAUGGUAAGCCAAUCCCUUCCUCCAGUCGUUUACUCACUCUAUCACCAGAAUUUGAUGAAAAAACUGCACUGAUCCGCGUAGGAGGACGGCUAUGCAGAGCCACAGAUCUGGAUUAUAAUACUGUACAUCCUAUAGUCCUGGACCCGAACCACCCUGUCACUCAUCUCAUCAUAAAACAAUAUGACACUAAACUCUGCCAUCCUGGUCCUGAAAGGGUCUUUGCAGAGAUUCGGAGACAUUACUGGAUCCUCAGAGGGAGAGAAUCAGUAAAACGCCAUCAACACUCCUGUGUAGAAUGCCAAAGAUGGAGGGCUAAACCUAGCAUCCCAAAGAUGGCAGAACUACCUCCAGCCAAACUCCGCCUUAUGAAGCCAGCCUUUUACUCAACAGGGGUAGACUGCUUUGGCCCAUUCCUAGUAAAACGAGGGAGGAGUAAUGAAAAGAGGUGGGGUAUCAUUUUUAAGUGUAUGACUACCCGCUGUGUUCACCUAGAUCUACUGAGUAACAUGGACACAGACUCUUUCCUGAUGGCCCUUAGGCGUAUGAUUGCUCGACGAGGAAUUCCCUUUGAAAUUCUGGCAGAUCAGGGCACCAAUUUCCGUGGAGGAGAUAAAGAGCUACAGACAGCAUUUACUGCCAUGAGUCCACACCUCCAAACCCAAUUGGCCAAACAAAAAAUCCAGUUCCAGUACAACCCUCCUAAUGCCCCACAUUUUGGAGGAACGUGGGAGCGGGAAAUACGCUCAGUCAAAGCCGCUCUGCGUAGUACAAUAGGAUCCCAAACACUAACAGAGGAAGUCCUAAGAACACUUCUCAUAGAGGUUGAGUCUAUACUCAAUGCAAAGCCACUAGGAUAUGUCUCUUCUGAUGUGGGAGAUCCAGAUCCAGUAACCCCUAACUACCUUUUAAUGGGGCGGCCAGAUUCAUCACUACCCCAAGUGGUGUACCCCGAAUCUGAAAUACUUAGUCGGAAAAGAUGGCGACACUCACAAGUAUUGGCAGAUCAAUUCUGGGCAAGUUUCAUCAGAAAUUACCUCCCCACUCUGCAGACACGUCAGAAAUGGAUAAAAGACUCAGAAAACCUCACUCCUGGAACUAUUGUGAUGAUAGUGGAUCACCACCUUCCUCGGGCUCAGUGGCCUGUUGGGAAAGUAAUAACUACCUACCCUGGAUCGGAUGGUCGUGUCCGCUCAGUAGAGAUCCAGGUGAAAAACAAAAACUACCACCGACCAGUGGCUCGUCUUAUCAAGCUACCAGACAUCCCUGAGGAUAACCAAAAGACGGACUAAAUAAGGAAUAGUGGAAGUACAUUUGCAUAGCAAAUGUAGGGGCGGCUGUAGAAAAGGUAGAAUUAUAGCAGCCUCUGCUGGACACUUGUUCUCCGGGUAUCAGACACACUCAUAUAGAGGCACCGCUCACGUGCUGGUCACGGAAAUUUCCACAGCGAUCAUGCAUCAGUCGCGUGAGCGAGUGGCCAAUCAGAGCGCAGUAUCAAUCUGAUGAUGCUGAGGAGAACUUUAGUUUCGUAAGAUGUAAAGUGUUUAUUGUGUGUCCUAAGUUCAUCCAGUGUUGUGUGCGUCUGUAACUAAAAACCACACACACACACAUCCUCACACAUAGACAAACAUGCAAGAAUGAUAAUUCACCUGUAUCCAUGCAACCUUUAUUGGAUAUUAAAGUUUUGAACUGGG